AUGAGGGUCUCGCCUCCCCUUUCAUACAAAAACCUACUCCACUCCCGGUUUCUGAGCACUGAGGGACCGGGUCCGAACCUACUCAGCCAGCUUCUCCACUUACCGAGAGACACGCCGUCCGCACUCCGCACCCCGCACCUAGCACCGAUCGCGCCUCACCGGAAAGGGAGGGACGAAGCGGAAGUAGGAACUGAGCUUGAGCGACAUGCCUGCGAGCCAAUAGACAGGCGGCUAUGGCGGCGAGGCGCCUGCGGACUCAUCUGCGAAGCGCCAACCACAGGCCUCGGGGGCGGGCUGGAGGGUGUGGGCCGGGGGGCCCCGGCUCUCCGCGGGCCAGUUGAGGGUUGUCAGAACCGACCCGUGGUGCUGAAUGGAGAAGACCGAGGCGACGCCGAGCCGCGGCUCCUAGCGGCGGGGCCGCUGUCUGAGCUGCAGCUGCAGCUGCCGGACGAGGAUCCCGCCGUGUCGGUGGGCAUCCGCAGGGGCUCCAACGAGUCGGCAGCACCGCCGGUCCCUGCCGCCCCGCAGCCCGAGGCGGACAACCUGACGCUGCGGUACCGGUCGCUGGUGUACCAGCUGAACUUUGAUCAGACGCUGAGGAAUGUAGAGAAGGGUGGCACCUGGGCACCCCGGGAGCUGGUGCUGGUGGUCCAGGUGCACAACCGGCCCGAAUACCUCCGACUGCUGCUGGACUCACUUCGAAAGGCCCAGGGCAUCGACGACGUCCUCGUCAUCUUUAGCCACGACUUCUGGUCUACAGAGAUCAACCAGCUGAUCGCUGGGGUGGAUUUCUGUCCGGUUCUGCAGGUGUUCUUUCCUUUCAGCAUUCAGUUGUACCCUAACGAGUUUCCAGGCAGUGACCCCAGAGAUUGUCCCAGAGACCUGCAGAAGAAUGCAGCUUUGAAAUUGGGGUGCAUUAAUGCUGAGUAUCCCGACUCUUUCGGCCAUUAUAGAGAGGCCAAAUUCUCCCAAACCAAACAUCAUUGGUGGUGGAAGCUGCAUUUUGUAUGGGAACGGGUCAAAGUUCUUCAAGAUUAUGCUGGCCUUAUACUUUUCCUAGAAGAAGACCACUACUUAGCCCCGGACUUUUACCAUGUGUUCAAAAAGAUGUGGAAAUUGAAGCAGCAAGAGUGUCCGGAGUGUGAUGUUCUUUCACUGGGGACCUAUACUGCCAGUCGUAGUUUCUAUGGCAUUGCAGACAAAGUAGAUGUAAAAACUUGGAAAUCCACAGAGCACAAUAUGGGUUUAGCCUUGACCCGGGAUGCAUAUCAGAAGCUGAUUGAGUGCACAGACACUUUCUGUACUUAUGAUGAUUAUAACUGGGACUGGACUCUUCAAUAUUUGACUGUAUCUUGUCUUCCAAAAUACUGGAAAGUGCUGGUUCUUCAAGCUCCUAGGAUUUUUCAUGCUGGAGACUGUGGUAUGCAUCACAAGAAAACAUGUAGGCCAUCCACCCAGAGUGCCCAAAUUGAGUCACUCUUAACUAAUAACAAACAGUACAUGUUUCCAGAAACUCUAAUUAUCAGUGAGAAGUUUACUAUGGUAGCCGUUUCCCCACCUAGGAAAAAUGGAGGGUGGGGUGAUAUUAGGGACCAUGAACUCUGUAAAAGUUAUAGAAGACUGCAGUGAAAAAAAAUCAAUUACAGAAGCAAAAGUGACAGUCUUCUAUUUUUGAUAUUUGUCUCAACAGGAUAUACAAUUGAAUAAUAAAGGGGUUUCUGCUUUAAUACAAAAAUUUUUUUUCUUGUAAAAGGUGUCCAAAUAUAUAGUGAUAUUUUUCAGUUAUGUCUGGUUAAGGUUUAAAAGUGAAGUUUUCAUUUAGGGAGUUGGGUUUUGAAGCUCAAUCUGUGUCUGCUAACGGUCAUGAUUCACCAGAGAGUUAAGGACUAAUUUUAUUUAAAUUGCAUCUGUUAAUCUUUUAUCUAAAACUUCGUACACUUUUCCACUUUCAAAACUUAAAGAACAGCAGAAUUUAAAACUCAGCAGUAAAAAGUAUUACAAUUGAAAUCUAUUAGAGUAUUAAUGGAAUAAGUCCAACUUCACUCGACAUGGUUAUUAGGGAUUGCUUCAGUGGUUUAAUAACAGCUAUGUUUGUUAAACACCCUCUCAGAACAGUCAUUUUCAGUAUUAUGGAUUCCUGUACUGUUGUGUUAAGAUUUGCCUGUGCUUUGGAAACUUCAUAGAACACACUUUCUUUUGGAAUGUAUUUGAUAAGAAAUUUUAAACCUUGUUUUCACCUCAAUGUAGAAAUACAGUGUUUUUUUUUUCUUUUUAGUGCUGCCAAAAUAAAAUACUCAUUUUUGCAUAAAAAGGUUCCUAACUAUUUUGCAGAAAUGUUUUAUUUACACCAAACUUCAAGACAUUUUAGAAGUUUUGAACAUCAGCAUAGCAUCUUAAUAUUUAUUUACUAUCGCUGGGGAUUUAGCUCAAUGGUUCCGCCACCUGCCUUGCAAGCACAAGGACCCAAGUUCGAUCUCCGGGACCAAAAAGAAAUAUUUACUAUCUAUACAUAUAUGAGUUUGAAAUAAAACCCUAUUCAUGAGUCCAUUCCCUGUGGGUUUCAAAUUAGAUAGGCAUAGAUAAGGAACAAUAAAAAGCUGCUGUGUAAGGGAAAAACAGCCUGACUUGUUUGUGAAGACCAGAAAUGAUACAAAGUUCAGUAGUGCCAAAGUGCAAUGUGUUCUAGUGCCAGCUUUAAUUGAAAUCAUACUUUUAAGAGCAGAUACAGUCUAGGCCAGCCUGAACUACAUAGUGAGACUCUUGUCUUCUCAAAAACAAAACAAAACCAGGCAU